AUGAUGCCGCGCUCUCCUCCCAAACCUCUUGGAGCCGCUUCAUAUUUCGACGAUAUUGAAGAGUUGCCUGCGGCGUUCGUGCGGGACUACAGGCAACACCAAGCAGUGACGUAUCAUGCCUUCACGGCGGAAGAGGUGACAAUGGUGCGGCAAGGCCUUUUGUCGUGGUAUGAUGAAACCCGCCGCAGGCUGCCCUGGCGGGGUGAUCCUCCCCCCUGGACAAGAACAUCAACGCCAGCAGCAUCUGCAGCACCAGGUGCCGCGACAGGCCGCAAGGGCAAGACAUCUAAAUCCGCCAAGGAGGAGAACCCUGCACAGCCCCGCCUCACAGCCUUUUUUGGCAGCAAGCCAAAACAACAACAGCAGGGACAGCAUCCAACGGAGGUUGCAAGAAAGAGGAGGAGCACGGGAAUUGCAUCGGAAUCCGAGCUUGGCCUAAAGCAGCAGCGGCAGCAAGAGGGAAACGACGUUCUGUCGCUAGCAGUAGAAGAGGAGCAACCAAGCCUGCUGAAGAGAAUACCGAUGAGUGCGUACGGGACUUGGGUGUCCGAAGUGAUGUUGCAGCAGACGAGGGUGGAGACGGUGAUCGACUACUACGUCAAGUGGAUGACGCUAUUCCCGACACCGAACGAUCUUGCAGCGGCCAGCCUAGAACAGGUAAAUAAGGCAUGGGCAGGGCUGGGCUAUUAUCGUCGAGCCAAGAUGCUCCACGAGGGCGCGAAGAAGGUGGUGUCGGACCACAGCGGCUGUCUCCCGGGCACGGCCAAAGAACUUAAAGAUCUACCUGGGAUCGGGCCGUACACAGCAGGAGCCGUGGCCUCCAUCGCCUUCGGGGAGUGCGAACCGCUGGUGGACGGAAACGUGAUCCGGGUACUGGCGAGGCUCCGGGCAAUUGCCUCUGACCCCAAAAAUGCAGGCCUCAACAAGCUUUGCUGGGAUCUUGCCGGCAGCAUCGUCGACCCUGGAAGACCGGGCGAUUUCAAUCAGGCUUUGAUGGAGCUAGGCGCAACCGUCUGCACGGUCAAGAAUCCCUCCUGCUCUGCCUGCCCCGUAAGAACGUCAUGCUUCGCCAAGAAGCUUACCUCCGCAGGAUCCAAAGGACCCAAACACGCGGUUGGGGAGGAUGGGAUGGCGGUGGUACCAACGGCCGUGACAGACUUUCCGCGGAAGGCUGCCAAGACGCUGGUGAAAGAUCAAGCGCUCUCGGUGUCUGUAGUUGAACGCGACGGACCGGCGGGCCCGCAGGUCCUACUCGUUAAACGUCCGGAAACGGGGUUGCUUGCCGGUCAGUGGGAAUGCCCCUGUGUUAUGCUUAGGGAUGGGUCGGAGCCGAGGAGCUCUGACGCCGGAAAUCGGGCAAGAGGGACUGUUGUUCCUUCGUCCGAUGUGCCGGAGAAGGAAAGGUUGCGAUUGGUGGACGCCUUCCUGUUUUGUGAUCUGGGCCUCUCUGAGACCCUCGUUCGAAGUAGAGCGAGCGUAGGCACCGCAACGCACGUGUUCUCUCACUUAAGGCACACCAUGCAGGUGGAACGCAUAGAGAUCGCGAGUGACCCUGGCAUGGAUGAUAAAUUUGGCACAACCAGCUCCCGGGAGAAUCGCUGGGUGGAUGUUUCCGACAUGGGCGGGGUGGGCAUCACCACCGGCAUGAAGAAGGUGCUAGCUCUUGCUAGCAAAGCACGUGCCAGCAGCAGCAGAAGCACCAGCGGUGCCAAGAAGGGGACGAAAAGGGACGCGAAGAGAAAACUCGACGAGGAACCCAACCAGAGAACCACGAAGCAAACCAAGGGGGCUACAAAAUGAUCCACGCAAGCUGUUGGUUCAUGUCCCCGCCCCCGUCCUCUCCCUCCUGUUGCCGAGGUGCGCUAGUAUUCCUAAUAUUUAGCACCAUGGAAUCACGAGAGGCAAUUGUGGGAGCAUAACCCAAAGUAUACGGCAUUCGUGAGUUGGCGAUGGAAGCGGCGAGGAAGGGGUGCUUUCGGCCGUUAUAUUUUGGCCUAGUUGCGGGAAGACGGGGGAAAUGGCUGACGUAUCACACGAGAGCAACGUAUCGCUGGAGCGUAUCCAUUGGUGUCCAUUUAAGUUGUCACCCGGGGUCUAGGUUCCAGCCGCUAGGUUGUCAAUUCGAAUCUUGGCGAGUUGUGUUCCCUGGGUUAGCCCUUGAAAAGGAUUGAAGGAACUGAUGUGCCAUAC